AUGUUGGGAAAAAUCGCCCUCGAAGAAGCCUUCGCGCUCCCCCGAUUCAAAGAAAAGACCCGUUGGUGGGCUGGCCUUUUCGCGACGGACGUUGAUCAGCACGUCGCCGAGAUCAAUGACGUUGAUUCUAUCCGACUGAACUUUGCCGAGAAGCAUGGUGUUGGACUCCAGAUUCUAUCUUAUACUGCGCCCGGUGUACAGGAUAUUUGGGACCCUGUUGAUGCGCAAAAAUUGGCGGUUGAGAUCAAUGAUUAUAUCGCUGAGAAGGUGAAGGCACAUCCGGAUCGGUUUGCUGCUUUUGCUACGCUGUCCAUGCACGACCCCCAAGAAGCAGCCACCGAACUCCGCCGCUGCGUCACCCAAUACGGCUUCCUCGGCGCCCUAGUCAACGACACACAACGCGCCGGCCAAGACGGCGACGACAUGAUCUUCUACGACAAUGCCAAAUGGGACAUUUUCUGGCAGACCUGCACAGAGCUCGACGUCCCACUCUACCUCCACCCCCGCAACCCAACUGGAACAAUCUAUGACAAACUCUGGGCCGACCGAAAAUGGCUCGUCGGCCCCCCGCUCUCCUUUGCCCACGGCGUCUCCCUCCACACCCUAGGCAUGGUAACAAACGGGGUCUUCGACCGCCACCCAAAACUCCAGAUCAUCCUUGGCCAUCUGGGUGAACACAUCCCCUUCGAUAUGUGGCGGAUUAACCACUGGUUUGAGGAUCGGAAGAAGUUGCUUGGAUUGACGGAGACGUGCAAGAAGACUAUUCGGGAGUAUUUCGCGGAGAAUAUUUGGAUUACGACGUCGGGGCAUUUUAGUACGACUACGUUGAAUUUUUGUUUAGCGGAGGUUGGGGCCGAUCGGAUUUUGUUUAGUAUUGAUUAUCCGUUUGAGACGUUUGGGGAUGCUUGUGGGUGGUUUGAUGGGAUGGAGAUGAAUGAGAGUGAUCGGUUGAAGAUUGGGAGGGAGAAUGCGAAGAAGUUGUUUAAGUUGGGGGAGUAUAAGGAUUGUAAUGCUUAG